GAAACAAUAACACAAUGCCUUCGUAUCUUAGCUUGCAAAUGAUGCUUUGUGAAAUGAAUCGAACUUUAAGGCCUCCACACAAAUCCAUUAUCCCGCUUUUCUCGUCCGUUCCUGUCUUUUCUGUUUUUUGCAAUAGAAUUAUGAAAAACUGUGUUGUUCACUUUGUGUCUAAAAUUAAAAACGGACGUCACAAGGCGAUUAUUGAGGCGCCAUUUAACGCAGAAACUUGGGAAAUAGCUCAGGCUUUACAACGGGGAGGUUACAUAAGAGCGGCCGCUAUUGACGACAACACUAUACGUGUUCUUACCAAGCCUUUUGCUAUUCAAGACAUCAAACUACUAUCCAAGUCAUCAAGACCCUUGUAUACCGAUAUUCCCAAAUAUUGCAAUUUCAUUGACCAAACACUUUUAUGGACACCUGAAGGAAUCUUCUGGGACUAUGAAGCUAGAAAAAAGAGACUAGGAGGUGAAGUGAUUCUUAGAAUCAGAUGAACAGGUUUCCCUUGAAGUUUAAUCUUGUUUGAUUACUUGAGCAGAGAAAAAGUAGAGUUUGAAUACGGGAUCAGAUAUCAAAGUUUAGGUGUUGUAUAGUUGGCAUGAUCUGUUGGAUUUAGUGAUACUAUUAAACUCAAAUUUUUGAUUUUUA